AUAAAAGUCAAAUGGGCAAAGAAAAAAAACAUAUAGAAUAUGGAAAAUUCCUAAUGAAAAGGGGUGAUAAAUACACUGGCUAUUAUUAUAGAAAUAGCCAUGGAGAUGUGUUUCGACAUGGUCAUGGUAUAUAUGAAACUAGCGAUGGCCAAACUUAUGAAGGUUUAUGGGCGAUGGAUCAUUUAGUCAAUAAUGAUUCAGUAAAAAUAGUUUAUGAAGAUGAUUGCAUGUACGAAGGUACCUUACAAAACUAUCUUUACGAUGGAUAUGGAACCUACACAUUUUCGGGUGGUUCAAGACUUCAAGGUACUUUUCGUAAAAAUAAACCAAUUGCAAAAAUUGAAUUGAUAGAUCCUAAUGGAAACAAAUGGAACGGACAAUUUUUGUCUGAACGUAAUUGUAUAUUACAAAUACGUAAUGUUUUUUAUCGGAAUAUUCCACCAAACUUAGGAUUACCAUCAUACGAACUUCAGUUUGGCUUCGAGAACAACGAAGAUGCUGCAAAUCUUGAACGGACGUUACAUAGUUCUUCUCAAAUAAUAGAAGAUCAACUUGUUCCAAAUAAAAGUAGAUAUGAUAGAAACCAAGCAGACGGAAAAUCGAUAGACCAUCAAUAUUUCUAGUUAUAAAAUUAUAUUUUAUAAAAACGAGCAUGUUCUCAUCACUUAUACUUGCUACACUUACCAAGGCGGAUGGAGGUUUAGUGUUAAUUUUGUGAAUGAAAGUGUAACGUUGAAGUGCUUAAAAUGAAACUGCCACAG